AUGCCCAACUUUGAAGCAGUCUAUACGGCUGACGCUUGUGCACCUCUACCUCAGUUCUCCCAAGCUGUGAAAUACAACGGCAUGGUCUACUGCAGCGGUUCCAUCGGCAUUGAUCCCGCAACCGACGAUCUUGUUCCUGGUUCUGUCACGGACCGAGCCCGCAUGGCACUCAAGAACCUCAAAAUCGUGCUCGAAGCUGCUGGCAGUAGUCUAGACCGCGAUUUCGCCGCCUUUAAUAUCGCGUGGGAUGAGUUCUUUCCUGCUGAGCCCAAACCUUGUCGGACUUGUGUUGCUGUCCAUCAGCUGCCUUUGAACACUGAUGUUGAGAUUGAGAUGACAGCUAGCUGUUAG